AUGGCGGGCUGGUUUUCUUCCUCUUCUCCGCUCGACGAGCAAGUCGAGCGUGCCACAUCUUCAUCUCUGGAGGACAUUGCUCUCAACCUCGAAAUCUCCGACCUCAUUCGAUCAAAAAGCGUACAGCCCAAGGAAGCGAUGAGAUCUCUCAAACGGCGCUUGGAGAACAGGAACCCGAAUGUGCAAAUUGCGACUUUAAAGUUGACAGAUACAUGCGUGAAGAACGGUGGUACCCACUUCCUGGCCGAGAUUGCGUCGCGUGAAUAUCUGGACAACAUGGUUUCUCUCCUCACUGCGGAGGGAGCUCCCCUCAAUAGCGACGUGAAGGAGAAAAUGCUGGAGCUCAUCCAAGACUGGGCCAUGGCAGCUCAAGGCCGCAUGGAUCUCAACUAUCUUGGGGAGACUUAUCGCAAAUUGCAGAGCGAAGGGUUUCGGUUUCCUCCCAAGAGUGAAAUUAGCGGAAGUAUGUUGGAAAGUAGUGCGCCCCCGGAAUGGAUUGAUCACGACGUGUGUAUGCGCUGCCGUACCCCCUUUAGUUUCAUGAACCGCAAGCACCAUUGUCGCAACUGCGGUAAUGUCUUCGACGCCCAAUGCUCCAGCAAGACACUUCCUCUGCCACAUCUGGGAAUCUUACAGCCCGUGCGCGUUGAUGACGGUUGCUAUGCCAAGUUAACAUCCAAGUCGUUCACGCCAUCGACUCUUUCGGACCGGUCAGCAUUCAAGAACAAUUCCAUCACCAAGGCAAAUGCAAUGGAACCCCGUGGCGCAAGGGCAGAGGGGGGCUUUGAUGAUGACCUGCGACGGGCCCUCCAAAUGAGCCUGGAAGAAGCCCAAAACAGGGGCUCUGGAGGCUAUAUUCCACAGCCCAAGGUUAAUGAACCAUCCAACGCAACAAUUCAACCCCAUCCACAGGAUGAGGAAGAUGCGGAUCUGAAAGCUGCGAUUGAAGCAUCACUGCGAGAUAUGGAAGAGCAUAAGAAGAAGCAUGCCGCCGCAUUGAAGAAUAAUACUGUGGCGACGGACUCCACCGCUCAGGAUACAGGGAGCGCUUUACCCAUGCCUAAAAACCCCUACGAACUCAGUCCCGUAGAGGUUGAAAACAUUCAUCUGUUUGCCGCCCUCGUUGAUCGGUUACAGCAUCAGCCCCCGGGAACGAUUUUGCGGGAAUCCCAAAUUCAGGAGCUAUACGAGAGCAUCGGCACCCUUAGACCGAAGCUCGCACGGAGCUAUGGGGAGACCAUGAGCAAGCAUGACACACUUCUUGAUCUGCAUGCCAAACUGUCUACGGUUGUCCGAUAUUACGACCGUAUGCUUGAAGAACGAUUAUCCAGCGCGUACUCACAACAUUCGUUGGGCUAUGGGCAAGCUCCGGGUGGCUCUCAAUACCCCAAUAUGUACCCCUCGAUGCCGUCUCAAGCUGUUGAGGGGAAAUCUGGCGCGGAGAAUUUCUACUAUGGCAAUGCAGUACCCGAACGGUCGCCUCCAGCACAUAGCACCUAUGCUUAUCAGCAGGGAAUAGCACCCAGUGGUCCCAUGAGUUCCGGGAUGUAUCCUCAACCCGGUCAAGCGCUACCUUCGAAUCCGGCUUGGAAUGGCAAUGCGCCGCCCACUACUGCAUCCCCCCAACUGUCCACAUCCUCUACUCCGUUUCCGAACCAUCCAGUAGGAUACCCGGCCCCAUCAGCACCGACACAAUACUACGCUCCCACGGCGCCUCCAGAACAAGACGCGAAUACUUACUCGACUCCUCGACCGGGAGAGACAGAAGUAUCGCAUCAGGCAUCGCCCGUCAUGCGGCGAGAUUCCUAUUACCAAUCAGCUGGGGCGCCCCCGAGCGCCCCCGAACCAUCUCCACCCUCUGAACACGGUCAAUCUUCAGGGUACAUGCAGUACGCAGACUCUCGUACAAUGCCACCUAAUAGUCAAUACCCUCCCCAGCAACAGCCGUCAGCCCAGCCAUACUACUCUCAGCAACCACCUCCGCAAGCGACACCACAUACAACAUAUUCACAGCCCCCAGCUGCACCUUAUGAAACACACCCUGUUGCAGAUGUUUCCCCAAUUGGAGCACCUGUGCCUUCAGCGCCAUAUCAACAGCCGGCGCCCACUCGGCCCGCAGUUGAGGAGAGUUUGAUUGAACUAUAG